AUGCAGAUUGAUGCUGGAAUGGGCAAAGUGGUUGUAGCAGACAAGUACAAACGGACGUACUUCCUCAGUGGACUUGCGGUCUACAGACUGGGCAGACUGGGCAUGAAGCAUGUCACAGUGGGAGCUGGGGGAUUGUGGGGAACUUGCCAAGCCAACAAGGUGUACAAAUAUGUAGCUGGAGACUUCAAACUUGCCAAAGGUCUGUCUAUGCACCAGGUGGAUGCCGGCGGUGAUGGUCAGAUUGUUGGAGUAGGAUCCGGCAGCUAUAACGCCUACUGUCUGAAAGAGAAGACAGCUUCGGGCUUCUAUGGACGACACACCCUGAGCUGGACUUCCCUCUCAAGAAAGAUGAUGUACUACAGCUGUGGCCCAAGGAUGGGAUGCUGGGGAGUAGACAAAAGUUACAGGAUCUGGGUCACAAAGAAUAUAUCACCAACCAACUGCCGCACUAGUGGCUGGACAGCUGUGUCAGGGCCAAGAAUGAAAAUGAUUGAAGUGUCGUCAGACGGAAACGUUUUUGGCGUGACUACAACUGGCAGGGUCUACCAAAGAAUUGGCAUCACCAACCAUAGCAGACAAGGCACACGCUGGGUUUAUGUCCCAAUGUGCAUGUCCGUCAGACACCUGUCCUACGACCUGAAGAAUCUUUGGAUCGUGACCACCUCUGGUUUGAUCAUGAAGUGCUCAUGCUAA